ACACCUGCUACAGAAGUAUUAUCUGAUCCUUGUCUUUCCGUAUACCAAGAUAUCAUAUUCAUAAAUUCAUAUAAAUUAUAAAAAUUUAACAUAGGUUCAAAGACAAGAGUUCUAAAAUUUUUUCCAACUUUAUUAAGACAAGUUGAUGUUCUGAUAUGAUCCAGAACAUAUUGCCAACCACUAUAAUAAUUAAAUUUUCCUCUUGUUAAGGUUGUAUCUUCUAAUGUAAAUGUAGACCAUACAUUCUGCAAUUUGAAUGCAUGAUACCAAGAGCGACAUACAAGAGAAGCAUAGUAUCGCUCACGAAUAGUUAAAUACGAAAAUAUCUCUUCCAAAAGUAUGUCAGGUAUUCUAUCCCAACAGCUAAAUACUUUGGAUGACUGUUCAUCUUCCGUAUCUUCUUCCCAAUCUAUAUACAAUGCUGUAAAUGGCAAGUUAAUACAUCCUCGACUCUGUCUAUGUUGGAGCUUAUAUAGUUUAAAGUACGAUUUAUAUAUAUAUAUAUAUAAAAAUUUUUUGAUCUUAACAUUUUACUAGUAAAGAUUUUCAUUUGUAUUAGUUUUCUAAAAUAUAUGUAAGAUUUGUUAACCUUAAUUUUAUUUAUUUCUUUUAUCUCUACACAAUCUAAAAAUAUAAUUAACUUACCUUUAUCUUCCUCGUCAAAUUUCCAACAACCUUUGUUCAUUUUUAAUAUUAACAAAAAUAUAAUGGAUGACUUCACAACGAUAAUUCUUACGAAUUUCGUUUCGAAUUUUUUAUUUAUAAGUAUUUAUUGCGUUAAAAAUACAUUAAGAUAGAAAACAGCUGAUUGAAUAUCGCCAUAUUAUAUACCGAAUACAAGUGCGUAAAAGAAACGAUUGAUGUAAUUUCACUGUAUCUAGUCUAGUUCGAUUUAAUAUAAUCACAUGUAGUUGUUAAAUAUGAAUUUAUAGAACUUCUAUUUAUAAAAAAGGAUUAAUAAAAGAAGUAACUUUCUUUAACUCAUAAAAGAAUAUAAUUCUUUUGAAAAAGAACCUAAAAGUGAUCCUUCAUUUGAACAUUCAGAAAAUUGUUAUAACUAAUAUUACGUUUUUAUUGUAAUUGUGACUCAAUAAAGCUGAUUUAUAUAUAAUUGGUAAAAAUGUUAUCGAUACAGACAUUUAUCUGUGAACAGUAUAUACAAAGAGGUUCUUUUUUAGCAUGUAUUUUAUUGAAAAGAUCAAUAAAUCCGACAGCAAGUAUCAUACAUAUACAAAGAGGAAAAAAGAGUAAAAAUAAUGCCGAGGAUAUAAAUAUAAAUACAUUAUUUCGUCCAGUACCCGUAAAGUCAAAUUCAGAUGAUAUUAAUAUAGGAAGCGAAUUGACUGGUAAUUUGAAUAAAACAGAUUUGUUAAUAGUUUUAAACAAAUUUAUAGAGGCAAGGGAAAUUAAAAGUUUGGCGAUGGAAUGUGGAUUAGAUGAUUAUUUGCAAAAACAAGCAUUUGUAAAAUUCAGGGAAUAUUGUAUUCAGUCUCAAUCAUUACCAGUUGAUCUCCAUAUUACUUUAAGUGACAUUCUUCAACAUGCUGGAAAUGUAACAGAUAUUUAUCCAUAUUUUUUACGUUUUGCUAAAAAAAUGUUUCCACACAUGGAAUGCUUAGAUGAUCUUAAAAAAAUUAGUGAUCUCAGAUCACCUGCUAAUUGGUAUCCAUACGCAAGAGCAAAAACGCGAAAAAUUAUAUUUCAUGCUGGUCCAACAAAUAGUGGUAAAACUUAUCAUGCUUUAGAAAGAUUCAUCAGAGCAAAAAGUGGAGUAUAUUGUGGACCAUUAAAAUUAUUAGUUUCAGAAGUAUAUAAUAAAUGUAAUGAUAUGGGAACUCCUUGUGAUUUAGUAACUGGAGAAGAGAAAAGAUUUGCUCAUAGUUCAGACAAUCCAGCGAAUCAUAUAUCUUGUUCGGUGGAAAUGAUUAACUUAAAUCUUCCUUAUGAGGUUGCAGUAAUUGAUGAAAUUCAAUUAAUUAAAGAUCCUGGGAGAGGGUGGGCAUGGACAAGAGCUCUUCUUGGAAUUUCUGCCGAUGAAAUACAUCUUUGUGGUGAAACAGCUGCAAUAGAUUUAAUAAAUGCUAUAUGUCUCACAACGGGUGAAACUCCAGAAAUUCGAAAAUAUAAACGAUUAACUAAAUUAGAAGUAGAAAAUAAAGCGCUACAAACAUUUAAAAAUAUUCAAUCUAGUGACUGUAUAGUUUGCUUCAAUAAAAAUGAUAUAUUCGCUGUAUCUCGUGAACUAGAAGCAGAAGGAAUAGAAACGGCAAUAAUAUAUGGUAGUUUACCACCAGGAACAAAACUUGCACAAGCUGCUAAGUUUAAUGAUCCAAAUAAUUCUUGUAAAGUAUUAAUAGCAACAAAUGCAAUCGGAAUGGGAUUAAAUUUACAUAUUAGAAGAAUUAUAUUUUACUCUUUAAUACAACCAACAAUAAAUGAAAAGGGAGAAAAAGAAAUGGAUACAAUUUCUGUAUCUACAGCUUUGCAAAUAGCAGGCAGGGCAGGACGUUAUGGCACACAAUGGGAAACAGGCUAUGUCACAACUUAUAAAUCACAGGAUCUUCCAACACUGAAAAAUUUACUCAGUCAGCAACCUGAGACAAUCACUCAAGCUGGUCUUCAUCCAACAUCAGAUCAAAUCGAAUUAUAUGCUUAUCACUUACCAAACACACCAUUGUCAAAUCUUGUGGAUAUUUUUAUAACUCUAUCUAUAGUUGAUGAUUCUUUAUACUUUAUGUGUAAUACAGAAGAUUUUAAGUUCCUUGCCGAUAUGAUACAACAUGUUCCUUUGCCAUUACGUGCGCGAUACGUAUUCUGUUGUGCACCAAUUAAUAAAAAACUUCCAUUUUCAUGUGCUAUGUUCCUAAAGUUUGCCCGUCAAUAUAGUAAAAAUGAUAAAAUUACCUUUAAUUGGUUAUGCAAACAUAUUGGUUGGCCAUUUUCAACACCUAAAUCUAUACUUGAUCUUGUUCAUCUGGAAGCUGUGUUUGAUGUUAUGGAUUUAUAUCUUUGGUUAAGUUAUCGGUUUAUGGAUUUAUUCCCUGAUGCUACUAUAGUACGAGAUGUUCAGCAAGAAUUAGACUCACUUAUCCAAAGUGGAGUACUUCAGUUGACACAAUUAUUAAAUAAUUCUGCAACAGAAGGGACAAGCGCAGAAGCAUCUAUUUCAGAAAUGGAUCAAUUUUAUUUACAAACACAGAAAAAUAAUUUUUACAAAGGAAAUAAGGAAACUGAUAAACAUAAACCCUCUCUACCUAUAAGGAAGGGUAAAUUAACAGAAAGAUUAUUGGCAGAAGGUUUGCUAACACCACAAAUGUUACAAGAACUUCAAAAUGAAUGGGCCAAAAAGAAAAAAUAAAGUUAUUUUUUAUACAAAAUUAAUUAACGAAAUCUUAUGUUAAAUUUUUUGGUAUAAAAAGUUAAGUCUAUCAUUGUACAUUAUUCAAUCUUCUUGAGAUAGUUCUAAACGAAAAUUUGUUUUAAAAAAUGUCGUAAAAGAAAAAAAAGAAAAAAGAAUUUUCUUCUUUUGAUUGAACAAAUA